UAAAAUUUUCUGUGCUUUAGAAAUACGUGUUUUUUAACGAAAAAUAGUUUAUUUUCGUGUUGAAAGGACUUCUUUCUUCUUAUCACGAUGUGGGGCGAUCACGGAGAAAAGGCAGCCCCGUUCGUAUGGAAGAAAAAGCUCGAAAAACAAGGCUUGAAAGAUAUCUCACGGCGGGAGCUGGAAGCAUUGAAUCGAAAGACGCAGCUUGAGAAUGUUAUCGAACUGGAGAAGAUCAAAAAGCGUCGCCUGGAGCGAGAACAUCAACAGCAGCAGCGCGAAGACGAUAUGUACUUGAUGCAGCGCUCGAAAGAAGCGGCCCAGUUCGAUGAAUGGCAACGGCAGGAAGAAUCUUUCCACCUUGAACAGGCCAAGCUGCGUAGCAAAAUCCGCAUUCAGGAUGGGCGCGCCAAGCCGAUCGAUCUGCUGGCGCAAUACAUCUCCGAGCAGAAUCUGGAGGAAUCGAUCGAGAUGCAAAUGCACGAGCCGUACACCUAUCUGAACGGGCUGGGUUUGGAUGAUCUGGAGGAUUUGCUCGUCGAUAUCAAGGUAUACAACGAGCUUGAAAAGGGCAAGAAUCUAGACUUCUGGACCGAUCUGACAAUUAUCGUAGACGACGAGAUCCACAAGCUGCGCAAGGUGGAGGCAGAAAAGCAACGGAUUGCGACCGGUCGACGAGAGGGCAUCCACCAGAGUGUGGCCAAGGACGUGACGGAGAUUUUCCGAGGCAAAACAGCCCAGCAGUUGGAAGAUUUGAAGAAGAAAAUCGAGGACAAGAUCAACAGCCAGCAGGAUGGACUAGAUAUAGGAUACUGGGAGAGUCUUCUGUCGCAGCUUAAGGCACAUAUGGCCCGGGCAAGACUGCGCGAUCGGCACCAGGACAAUCUCCGCAGCAAGCUGGAGCUGCUCAAAAAGGAACAAGAAAUUCAAAUCAAAAAGGAAGAACAAACGGACGACGAAGAAGCGGGUCCCUCGGGAAUGGGUUCGAAGACUGCGGAACAGGCAGACGAAUCAUCGAUGGAUAGCGCUGCAGCACAAUCGGAAUCGGAAGUGCCCUCUAAGGCUAGCGACAACCACGAGACGGAUCUGCUCGAUGAGUGUUUCGAGGCGUACAAGAAGGGGGGUUACGAACCGAAGUACCUCCAGGCAGCUGACAUAGAGCACGGUAUCGAAAUCAUUACCGAGGAGAAAGACGAAGAAAUUUUAGACACACUGCGCCAGAAAGUGCUCGGAAUCAACCAGGAGGAAGAGUUGUACUCGCGCGAAGAAAUGCUGCUCCGGAAGGAAGCACGUCGAGGCAUGGACCACGACGAGGCAGAAUUUUCCGUCGAGACACGGGUGGACUCGCAGGUGUACCUAUGGUCCGAUAAAUACCGUCCCCGGAAGCCCCGUUACUUCAACCGAGUACACACCGGAUUCGAGUGGAACAAGUACAACCAAACGCACUACGAUAUGGACAAUCCACCGCCGAAGAUUGUGCAAGGCUACAAGUUCAACAUCUUUUAUCCGGAUCUGAUCAACAAGAACACAACACCACAGUACUUCCUCACGCCCUGCUCGGACAAUGGGGACUUUGCGACGCUUCGCUUUCAUGCCGGACCACCGUAUGAGGACAUUGCCUUCAAGAUCGUUAAUCGCGAGUGGGAAUUUAGCUACAAACGUGGUUUUCGAUGCCAGUUCCAGAACAACAUUUUCCAAUUGUGGUUCCACUUCAAACGCUACCGUUACCGUCGUUAGAUUGGUUAAGAUUCACUGCUUUUGUAUAAUGUAGGCACAAAGUUUGAGUACGAGAAAUAAACUAUAA